UGCUGUAGAAGAAGAAGAGGAAGGAGAAGAAACAAAUCAAAAGAUUGAUGAUGAGGUACGAGCUGCUCCAUGAAACACAAUUCAUCAUUUCAUUAAUGCAAUGAAAGGAAAAUAUCAACUAUCAGUGAGUGGGCCUGCUGAUCCCACCGGCUGUGGGGAAGGAUUCUCUUAUACUAGACUCAAUCCUAAGGAAGCAGGUCAUCCCAGCACUGUAUCUCCUAGCAAGAGGCCAAAGACUGUGAUGGGAACUGAAGCUGAUCUGAGGAAACUUAAACUAAGUAAAGCAAGGAAUGUACUGAGAAACUUUGGAGUACCAGAGGAAGAAAUUGCUAAGUUAUCAAGAUGGAAAGUGGUUGAUCUUGUUAGGAGUAUUUCAACUGAAGCAGCAAGAUCUGGAGGAGCUGUUGAUGUUAGUAGUUUGAUGUUUGCUUGAGGCAGUAGAUGCUCCCAGUCUGAGGCUCAAGAGAGGUACAAGGAAGAAUGCCAAAGAGUGUUUGACAUUCAAAACAAGGUACUGUGUUCCAAUGAGGUGUUGUCAACUGAUGAUGAGAGCAGUGAGAGUGAGGGAGAGAGUGAUGAUGAAUUGGGACGGAAUCUUGAGUCCUUUCUCUCAUCAAAGAAAACAGCACUGGACCUGACACACGAGCAGGAGGAGAUGGAGAGACAAGAACUGAGGAGAUUAUUACUGGAUGAAUCAAAUGUUGGACCCUCUUCUAGUAAAGGAGCUACUGACAGUGGAGGAGGAGGAGGGGACCAUUCAGAAAGAGCCACUCCUUCUCUUGAUGUAGAUGAUGCCUCAUCAGUACUCAGUUUCUCAAGUGGACGGAGACUUUUAAUAUCAAGAACCUUCAGAGACGAGGGAGGGAGAGAAUACGUGAGACACGAAGUAGUAAAGAAUCAAGGAGUCAUUGAUGCUUAUGUGAGGAUAAUGAGUGGAUCAAAGGAUAAGGAUAUCAGGAUGGAGUUUGCUGAGAAAGAUGAGAAAACUCGUGAAGACAUGAGGAAAGAAGUGAAAAGGUUACAGUCAGCUAUUAGGCAGUUGGACAGAGCUGAAGAGAGAGCUAAACAAAAGCCUCAGAAACCAAAAAAGAAUAAAGAAUUCACUGCCAUGCAUUUAACAUGUAGUGCUUGUGGUCAGAAAGGUCACAUGAAAACUAAUAAAAACUGUCCAAAAUACAAGAAUCAACCUGUUCAGGUUGCUCCUACUGAUGAUGAGUUAGCAGCAGCUACCAGUGAGGUACCACUGGUCCAAGAUGAUCUUGUUAAAGUGGAAGGGACUAAAGUUGUACUUAAGAAAGAUUUACUUGAACAUGCUGAAGAUGUUAGGAGAAGAUCAUUAGUACUGAAAUUCCCUAAAGAAAAGAUUCGUAAAAGAAAGAAGCAAGGAGAUGAACAAUUAGAUUAUUUAGAGAAAAAAGCUAAAGCUGGAAAGAGAAGACGGACCAACCCAGAGGUACCAUUUGCUGCUGCUUUAGAGAAGAUUGUUAAUAAACUGAGUGCUGUCCAAGAGUAUUGGCCUUUUUGUAAACCA